AUGAGCACAGAACCAGCAGCAGAAAAUGAUGCAGCUGCAGGAGGGGCUCAACAAGAGUCUGAUACCCAAUUGACUCUGCCACUGGCUACUCAUGUCAAGGCAAUGUUAGAAGAUCUGAGGGACGCCAAAACCCUGACUCAGGCUGUCACCGCAAUGAAGAUUGUUGAAAAGUUUAUAGACGUUUUGGACUCGGAUAAGGAACGUGAAAAGGCCAAGACAAUAUUGGAAUUGAAUGGAGUGUCCACCAUUGUGGUUGCCCUAUGGAAAUGGGCAGCAUCUCAAGAAUUUAGCAUGUUUGCCUUGGCAACGUUGUGUGAUUUGGUAUAUUUGGAGGAGGACACCAAAAAGGUUAUUGUGGAUAUUGGUGGAGUUGAUACAGUUCUCAUGGCUGCCAAGAAGCAUUCUCUGACGGACGUAGCUUUUGGAUUGGAAGAAGACAUUGUUAAUAGAGAAAACGCUCCAGCAGCUGGUGGUGGUGGUUUCUUGGGCGUUACUACAAAACGAUCGAAACCAAAAGUGCCCACCAAAGCGCAACAAACCAAGGACUUACCUCUCAAGAGUAAUGUCGUGGGAUUGCUUGGUUCCCUUAGUUUCAGUGAUGUUUCCCGCGUCGUGGUGGCAAAUGAAGACUGUACAGACUUUGUCAUGAGCACCAUGCGUCAAUAUCCCCAUCACUCUCACAUGCAAAAGUGGGGUUGUAUCUAUUUCUUUCAAAUUUCAAAAGACUUGGAAGUCAAGAAGAUGCUGGAAGACAAGAAUAUCGUGACGCACCUCGCGAAAGUAGUCGACAACUUUCGAGGAAGCGAUCCACUCGUUCUGGAAAAGGCCAAGCCUGCUCUGAAAUUCUUUCUAUGA